AUGCAAAGCGUAAGUGCUCCGCGGGAGCCCACGCAACCAGUUUUAAGCACAACUUCAACUAUAUUAAACAUGAGGGAAAAGGAGAAAUACAUAGAGGAAUUCGACUUUCCCUUCUGCGACGAGUCUUCCAAAUACGAAAAAGUAGCUAAAAUCGGACAAGGAACAUUCGGUGAAGUGUUCAAAGCGCGCGCGAGAAACAGUAGCAAAAAGUUUGUUGCCAUGAAAAAAGUCUUAAUGGACAAUGAAAAAGAGGGUUUCCCGAUCACGGCCCUGCGGGAAAUAAAGAUCUUGCAGCUCUUAAAACACGAAAACGUUGUAAACUUGAUAGAAAUAUGCCGCACGAAGGCUACGGUUCACAAUAAAUACCGUUCCACUUUCUAUUUGGUGUUCGACUUCUGCGAACACGAUCUAGCUGGCCUGCUAUCGAACGUGAAUGUUAAGUUCAGUCUCGGCGAAAUAAAAAAAGUCAUGCAACAAUUACUGAACGGACUUUAUUACAUACACAGCAACAAAAUACUCCACAGAGACAUGAAGGCUGCCAAUGUACUAAUAACAAAGAAUGGAACAUUAAAACUGGCUGACUUUGGACUUGCUCGAGCAUUCAGCGUCGCAAAGUCUGGACAAGCCAAUAAAUAUACUAAUCGUGUUGUUACUUUGUGGUAUAGGCCUCCAGAAUUGCUGUUAGGUGACCGUAACUACGGUCCACCAGUGGACAUGUGGGGAGCCGGAUGUAUCAUGGCUGAAAUGUGGACUCGCUCCCCGAUCAUGCAGGGUCCGACAGAACAGCAGCAGCUGAUAUUAAUAUCGCAGCUGUGCGGUUCCUGUACACCUGAUGUCUGGCCCGGAGUGGAGAACUUGGAUCUUUACAACAAAAUGGAGUUGCCAAAGGGUCAAAAGAGGAAAGUCAAGGAAAGACUGAAACCAUAUGUGAAGGAUCCCUACGGCUGUGACUUAUUGGACAAACUGCUGCAGUUAGAUCCUGCCAAGCGCUAUGACGCGGACACGGCCCUUAACCACGACUUCUUCUGGACGGACCCCAUGCCGUGCGACCUCGGCAACAUGCUCGCGCAGCACACGCAGAGCAUGUUCGAGUACCUGGCGCCCCCGCGGCGCCCCGCCCACCUGCGCCACCACCACCACGCCGCGCCGCCCGCCAAGCCGCCCCUCGACUCCGGCUACCAGGACCGCGUGUUCUGA